UCUCUUUUAUUGAGUUUAUUUCUCACAUAUUUCCCUGCACUCACGCGUUUUGAACAAGCGCGGAGACUCCCGGUGGCAUGACCGGACAUAGACUGUGUUCGCCGUCUGACGAAGUAGUGCGCCGACUGUGCUGGAAACAUCGCACCGGCCGAGAGUAGACUGUGUGGGAGAAGGCAGAGCGGUCCUGCCCCCCUUCAAUGACCAACCUUCAGUGCUAGCGAUUAAAGCUUCGCUGGCGACACCCCGACCAUGGAAGGCUACCAUGAGUCUCCUUAAGCAGUAUUGCCGCUGAGCUCCUACCCCCGUACAAUAACGGUUCCAACAUGCCCGACCGGUGGUGCUCCAUGAGGCUCUCAGUUGCCUGAUAUUCACGUUACAGGCCUGCUUUUUCCAUCUGGAAAUUUCUUGGCAGGGGAAAGCAGGCCAGCUAGCACCGCUAGCGUUCGCCUGUUCCGCGCUGCAUCUCUGGGCUUUGACGGUGCAGUUUUUUUUCCAUGCCCAAAACUUUGACACUGUUGUCUUAUGAAUUAGAGGACUUUUUAAAACUCCAAAAAGUAUUUUAUGGGAUUCAUAUCGGCGAACGAGAAGCGGGCCUAAGCCAAAAUGGUGAACUGGAGGCGGCUGCUGCGAAUGUCCAACCGAUCGUUCCUGGCCUUCAUAUUCUUCUUCUCCAUGUCCACCACUUGUCUCUACUUCAUUUAUGUGGCUCCUGGAAUAGCCAACACAUACUUCUUCAUGGUGCAGGCUCAGGGCAUCAUGUUGAGGGACAAUGUGAGGACCAUCGGCCAGAUGAUUCGAUUGUAUACCAACAAGAACAGUACGCUCAACGGGACGGACUAUCCUGAUGGCAGUAACUCCAGUGAAUACCUGGUGCAGCCAACCACUUACCUCCCGGAGAACUUCACCUACGCCCAGAACCUCCCCUGCCCAGAGCGAUUACCUUCUAUGAAGGGCCUUUUGGAAGUGAACAUGACAGAGAUCCCUAUGGAAGAGAUAGAACUGAAGUUCUCCAAGUCUUUUGACAUUGACUUCGGAGGCCAUUGGAAACCAAAGGACUGCAGACCUCGCUGGAAGGUGGCCAUCCUGAUUCCAUUUAGAAACCGCCAUGAACAUCUGCCCAUCCUCUUCCAACACCUCAUCCCCAUGCUGCAGAGACAGCGGCUGCAGUUUGCCUUCUACGUCAUCGCACAGAGUGGGAGCCAGCCCUUCAACAGAGCCAUGCUGUUCAACGUGGGGUUCCUGGAGGCCAUGAAGGACUUGGACUGGGACUGCUUGAUCUUCCAUGAUGUGGACCACAUCCCCGAGAACGACCGGAAUUACUACGGCUGCGGUCAGAUGCCACGCCACUUCGCUGCCAAGCUGGACAAAUACAUGUACAUUCUUCCAUACAGCGAGUUCUUCGGUGGUGUGAGCGGACUCACUGUGGAUCAGUUCCGCAAGAUUAAUGGCUUUCCCAAUGCAUUCUGGGGCUGGGGAGGUGAGGAUGAUGACUUGUGGAACAGGGUUCACUAUGCUGGUCUGAAUGUCACACGACCAGAGGGAGAGAUCGGCAAGUACAAGUCAAUCCCUCACCACCACAGAGGAGAGGUGCAGUUCCUCGGGAGGUACAAACUGCUGAGGUACUCCAAAGAGCGGCAACACUUGGACGGCCUCAACAACCUCCACUACAGCCCCCACACAUCCCUCAGCAGCCUCUACAAGAACAUCACGGUGGACCUGAGCCCCGAGCUCGCCCCUAUCGCAGACUACUGAACUGCCCCGCCUCCACCCCCCCAGCCCAGGCAGACAGGCCGAGAGGGAGGGGGAAGAAGUGCACCACAAAAUGCUGCCAAGAAAUCUUAGCGAGGAAAAAAAAAUUAGAUACAAAUCCAAAACGAGGAGAGAGAAAAAAAAAAAGAGGAAAAAACAAAGAGGCGGUGGCAAGUCUCUCCAAGUGAACUGUCAAUUGUGUGUGUGUCCAUGAGCGUGUGUGUGUGUCUGUGUGUGUGCGUGUGUGCGUGUGCUUGCGAUGGGUGAGUUGCUGCAUGUCUUUUUGUCCGUGCCGGCUUAACUACUACAAGUUGACAUGAGUUGGUUGAGGUCGGAGGGAGCAGCAGCAUCUCGGCUCCGGUGUUUGCUGCAAAGCCUUAACGUGGCAGAACCACAGCUCCCUCCGCUCGGCGCCGCACCGCUUCACUUCUGAUGUAUCACCGUCACCUUACAAGCCAACAGACAAGCUCUUGUCUCACUUUCUACUAUCGUUUGUUUUUAUACAUAUCAUUUUGUCAGCCCACAGUAUUUCCUUUUUUAAAAGGAGGGAUCUGAGCUGGGUUGUCGUUAAUGUUUGUGUUGUACAUUUUUGUAUUAUUAUUUUGAUACGUGGUAUUUAUUUUCGGGAUGUUCUGACGGAGCACUCCUGUCCGUGUCACUCAAGUGUUCGCUGCUUGUUAUUUGCUGCACUGCUGCUGAAUCCGCAUGAACAUGUAUGUAAAUAUCGGCCUCAUAAAAAGCUCGAACACAGAACACAAAUAUGUAAAUAUGGGCCUUUAAAUGCUCGGGCGUAUUACAGUGAUAUUCCAGUGGGUUUGAAUUUUAUUUGGCAGCUACCUUCGUUCUGAGGAUUUAAUAAGAGUGAGUGGUUUCUUCCUAACAGGAAGAUCUUCGAAUAUUGGAUGUUUGGCUUAAAAAAAAAAACAGAAGUAUCCAAAAUCUUAAGAUUUGACAUUAUCUUUUGCAUGCCUUAAUUUAUUUUUGUUUACCAUAUUUUGUUAUUUUCAAACAUAAGUUAUUUCAUCGGUUAGAGAUGUGUAUAUUCUUAAAUUUGCCUUUUGUUGUGCUUUUUGUUUUCCUUUUGAGGUGCACUGUGUGAAAAGAGUAGAGCUGCUCCUCAGAAGGAGGGAGGCGUGGCCGAGUCUCAUGUGAGAGUGUAUAUUUUUUUGUCUCAGAUGUGUUUUUAUUUUUAGAUACUUUUUUUUAUUAUUUCUUUUUUAUUCAAAUGAUUUAGUGCUGGACCAUGUGAUAAAGCUCUUCAUUGUACUGUACCAUGCGCUGAAGCAUGGGGAUUUGGGCUGGAUGCUGUGUGUCUGGACUGUAGUGUUAUUAUCUUCUAAAGGCAGAGUCAGAAGGGCCAGAAUGAGAGAACUGCUGUUCUUGAAUGGCGCGCGCUGUGAAAAGUUUAAUUUUCUUCAAGCUUUGAGCACUAUACCGAUAGAGAGAGAGACGUGUAGGCAGAUUAUUUUUGACCAGAUGUUCUGGUGUUCAUUGUUGAGACCUCUAGCUUUUGAAUUUGACAAUGAGUAGUUGUGUGUUUGGACACUGUCCUGAGAUGUUAAAUCUGAACUCUGGCCAUUUUUGACCCAGACCUUAUCUCCUGUCGGACUGUUUCAUCCUGUUGCUCGCUUCAUUAGAGGCCCCUGUACACUGUGCCAUUAUUGGUUUUAGUCCAAGCUGUGCUCCUUCAUCUCACUGUGAGGCUUUGGUGACCAAAGACAUGUCAGAACUGAAGGGUCCACCUGUGACGACUGCAGGGACCCUCGUCUGCAAACCAACCAAUCAGAAUAAGAAUGUGUCCCUGCUGUCAGUACUGGAGGGCUGAUAACAUCCAUGGCCUCAAACUGGAACCAAAAGUGUUUCAUUUUGCACCACUUUACACACGGGGUGCGUCCAGAACAAGUGCUGUGUGGAAAUUGCACAUUUAUUAGAGCCGAUGAUGAGAUUAAGUUGACAGUGGAUGGAUCAGUGAGAUGAAGGGUCCAGGUCUGAAAUGGUCAGAGUCAUGUUUCUUCAUUUAUGUUUUAAAGCACCACAUGUCCGUCAGUGCAGCCAGCGUUCCUCCACGCAAACACUGCAAGCACUUCUGGGAAAGGCAGUCUUUAAGCCACGGUGGAUAAAUCCUGACCUCGCCCCCUUCUCCCAAAAAGCCCUUGCAGCAGCGAUCGUCAUAGUAACCUCUGUGUUUACAGUGUUAACAUUUUCCUCAGAGGCGAAACCUCACCUGACAACAGAGCUUUAACUCUUCAUGAAAGGUUGGAUGAGACGAGAGACGUUUAGCCGUGCUACUUCCUGUCUGGAGGACUGGGCUGUGGUUUAUCAGAUUUUGUUAGCUUAGCACCACAUGUUAGUGUAUGCUGUUCAUAGGUGACUGGCUGUGAUCUGACUGUGUAGCAGAAGAUGGAGGGUCGUUGAAAAGUGGCUGCUCUCUUCAUCACAACUUGUCCCUGACUGCUGCUGAUCAGCUGGUCGGGGUUCAUACAGACUGGGACAGUUUAUGUGAAACUGGUGGAGUUUCACUCUGUCAACAAAAGCUUAGUCGAUGAGGCCAGAAGUAUUGAAGUAUUUGUUUAUUUCACCCUUUGUUCACCUUUCAUUUUCUUUUCUCUGUUGACAGUUUUUUGUUUUUUUUUGUUGUUUUUUUGCAUUUGCUAAAACACAUUUUCUGAAACUGAAACCACAAAAUAUGUCUUUCAAAAACAAACACAUCAUUCAAUACAAUGUAAGCUCUUCAAAAAAUAGUAUUUCUGCAACAUCACAACUUCUCACACCAAUGCGUCUUCGGCAUUUUCAUGUGUCGCGUGCUACAAACAUAGAACACAUAUCUGAACACAUGCAGUAAAUGUGUUUAUUCUCAGUAUCAUAACAGCAUCAGACACAAUGCCUUCCUUAUUCUUCCACCAAAGAGCAAACCUAAACUCUAUUUCUAGUCCUCAAGCUCUGAUCUGUAAAUGAUCCAAUCGGUUACAGAUGUUCCUUCACAGGUGCAUUCUGGGUGCAGGUAAUUGAUAAUAGUGUUGUAUUUUAAUAGCAAUUUUUAGCCAACAUUAUACAGGCUUUUAUUGUUCAAUCAUUGUUGCAUAAGUAACACUUUUUGUGUCUUGGCAAUUGCAAAAAAAAACAAAAAACUCAGCAUCUGAAUAAAUCCAUGUGAGCAGAGUGUUUCCAGCAUGAACAGGUGUUAGGUGGUGUGACGAGGCCGUCAGCGUUGUCUAAUGGAUCUUAUGGAUCUGCUUGGUAUCUCGUUUGCGUGUUCGAAGACAAAACUCUGGUCCAGGAGACAAGUGCCAAACUGUGUCUCGGAUCAGCUUUUUAAAUGGUAUUCGUCAAAUGGUUGACUCCACCCGUCCCCACACCCCCUUUUUCACAUGACUAUCUUAAGUCUCUGAAAGUAUGUUAGAGCCGUUAAGAAAACUGUAUUCCAUUUAGCAGUAUUUAUUUGUGCCUUGAGUUUCUUUUUUUUUCUUUUUUCUAUUUCACUUUACAUUGUGACUGAAGAGAUUACAGGCGUUCUUUCCCUAUCAUAUCAAGUCAGACUGAGCGUGAAAGUAUAAUCCAACAGAUCUGAUUGUGCGUACGGCUCCACCGUGACUGCCGGCGGGUACAGAGACGGAGCUGCGUUGCUGCAGCUGAGGUUUCAUCUCAUUUCAUGAAGAGAAAAAAAUCCAA